AUGAUAAAACCAUAUCUUUUUCAGCCCCCCCCCCCCGUCAUAUGGUACAGCUCCAGCAACCUAAAAUGGAAAUACCUGGAUACUGAUUUAAUCCAAAUUGAUUCAGAAUUCUUGCAAGAUUUAGACCAAAUGCAAGAAAUGUGGCUUACAAAUGCUUACUACAGCACAGAAGAAGGAGAACAAUAUAUCCCUGAGAACACAACUCCAAAAUCAUCUACUUUCAUGAAAGUGAAGUCAGAACCAUUUGCUGAUUCUUGUCAUGGGCAGUUGACAUUGGCAACUCUUAAACAAGUUGAUUUUGACUCUGGGGAAAAAAACUUCAUGACUAACUUCUAUGACCAUUCAUCUUCAUCCAUCGAUUCAUUAUGUUCAUCUCCUUGUUCUGGAAAGGAAUCAAAUGCCCAGCGACUUCGGCAUUCAGAUUUCAACCAGGAAAGACUAGUCAGUUGUUCAGAAAACAGGUAUUCCCAUAUCAGCACAAGACUAGUUCCGAGUUGUUAUCCACCUUCAGAGUCUCAAUCCUGUUCGCCUUUUUCAUGGACAUCUGCACAAAGGUUUGUGACUCAACACAAGUUUAAACGAGAAUCCUUUGACAAAGAAUACAGCUUUCCCUUCCAUCAAAAUAAUGAACAUCUGGAUCAUAACAAUAUGGUAACUGUGAAAAAGGAAACUAAGAAUCUGUCAUGUAUUAGAGGGAGUAAUGGAGGAACAGGAACCAUUGAUUUGACUCGAGACACUUACCCUGACUCUUGCACAGACAAAUACCUGCGAGAAGCCUCUGUUGCUGCUGCCGCCAUGGUAACAACCUAUCCGGCCACCAUAUCAACAACUUGUCAGCGUCGUGGCACUCUGCAACUUUGGCAGUUCCUUGUAUCCCUAUUAGAUGACCCAAAUAAUUCUACUUUCAUUGCUUGGACUGGUCGAGGCCUAGAGUUCAAACUCAUAGAACCUGAGGAGGUAGCCAGAAGGUGGGGCCUUCAGAAAAAUCGUCCUGCCAUGAAUUAUGACAAAUUAAGUCGGUCACUACGUUAUUAUUAUGAAAAAGGAAUUCUUCAGAAAGUGUCCGGUGAGAGGAUGAUAUAUGAAGAAUGA